AUGAAAGCAUAUAACCAACCAAUGCCAACAGCACUUCCAUCAGCAAUUGCUAUCGCUCAUAUAUUGUAUAUGGAUGGACAACGUGGUCAUUUAGAGGGUCUAGCAUCUGUCUAUUGUGAAUUGUUAAUGGCUCCCUUUGGAGAUAUUUUAAGUGCUUUAGAAAAUGCUAGACAAGCAGCAUGGGCGGAACGUAGCCCAAUGAAUCCUGCCGGUGGCAGUGGGAGUAGCGGUAGUGGCAGUGGCGUUAGUGGUAUUGGCACACAACGACUACACGGUCAUCGAGGCCAUUCCAGCCAAGGUGGCGGCUUACCAAAUAGUCAUAGUCAGCCAAUUUAUGUGCCAGGAAAAUAUUCGCCAUCAAGUUGUCUCUCCGAUAAGGAAGAAGAUGAAAUUUAUGGUUUUGGUUAUGGUGUCUUUGCGCCGCGUGUUGCUCGUGGUGCUUUAACCCAACAACAACAACUAAUACAGCAACAUACCCUACAACAACAACAGCAACUGCAACAAAAUCAACAACAGCCACAAACACAAAUACCAACAGUGCCAGGUAGUCAACAACAUCAACUACAACAAUUACAACAGCAACAUCAACAAAGUUUGAUGGCACAUCAAACACUCCCGCCAAAUGCAGCACACUUAAAUUUUGUACAACAAAAUUGCCUAAGUCCUAGAUCUGCGUAUUUUUACGAAUUUCCACCUAAUGCAGAAGGUCGCGAGACCAAAAAGCGUACAACACUAGCAAGACUUCUCAAAGGAUUAAAGACAGUAAAUCGUAGAGAUAGAAAUAAUCAACAAAAUGCUGCUCAAGUAAGGGCGGCAAAUGAACGACUGAGACAUUUCCAAACAAUGAAUGGAGGACAACACCAAAGCUUUGAAGAGACAAUCCAUAGAUUAAAAGUGCAAGAAGCUAUGCGCAAGAAGGAAAAAUUUCAACGUGAACAUGAGGAGAUACUGCGUGAUAUACGGCAAGGACUUUUACAAAUGAGUCGUGAAGGAAGAAUAGAUGAUACAUAUAUGUAUGAUGAUGCGGUGCGAGGUCCUCACUACGCUAUUGGUGGCAUACAUCAUCAAGGACAUUGGUAUGACGAACCACCAUAUGAAAGUGAUCCAGAUGACUUCUUAAUGUCAGGUUUAAACUGUGGUCCAGCGGCUACAAUACAGGGCGGCCGUGUACGUUUCACUUCAAAUCGCGAAAGUACGGGCGUAAUUUCAUUAAGAUCAGCUGGAGAUAUUUCACUACCACAACGUGGACCACCAAGACGCGGUCUUAUCGUACCACAGCAGCCACCAAAUCCACCGACAAUAAUACCAUUAACGCAUGCCAGAUCACAUGACCGAGAAAGUGGCGACUACGCUGGUUCGAUUUCUGAUUUGCAAAGUGUUACCUCACGCCUCAGCACAGUUUCGAUUGGCACAAAUAAUUGCACUGCACGUUACCGCACUUUAAGUGGCGGUCGUGGUGAAUCACCAUCCUUGUCACCGAGUCCAUCAUCUGAUUAUGAAGACAUUGCAGCAUCGCGUGGCUUGCCACCUAGUCUUGUGGCAAAGAGCAAAAAGAAUGGCAUCGCACACAAAGCGAACACCAUCAGUCAGAAAGCCACAGUACAUCACUCCAACGAAAUGCGAAACUCACCGAAGGAAAUUGGCGCAUUUAAUGAAAAUGGCAGGAACUUUGUUGCCACAAAGGAUACUUCAAGGGAUUUUAGCAAUUCCCAAGAUAAUACCGACCGUGGCAGUAUGAGCGAUCAGGCUUUUGCAUGCUCUGCAAGUUCAGUGGAAAGUUUACCCAGUGCUUCCGGUUCAAGUACUCAAGCUCUAGUACGUCCUGGCAGUCCACAAAGCUCCAUAUCGACAGAAGAUCGUACUUCGUUAGUUCCAAUUUGUAAAGCCAAAGCACUUGUCGACAGCAUGCCAAAUCCUUAUGAUAAGGACGCACUUAAGUUUAAGAAAGGUGACACUAUCGAUGUAUUGUCGAUGAAUGCCUCUGGCAUUUGGAAGGGUCGUUGUCACGGUCGAGUGGGUCAUUUUAAGUUCAUCAAUGUGGAAGUACUGCCUGAGCAGCGUAUGAAAAAUUCAAAUAGCAAAAAUCUAACAACUGCUGGUCGACAUGUUAACAGCAAUGGUCCUAGCUCUGUCGAGGAUUUACUAUUCCGUAUCGGUUUGAAAGAGUACACUUCAGUCUUUGUUUUAAAUGGUUACGAAGACUUGGAACUCUUCAAAGAACUUGAACCAGCCGAUUUGGAUUAUUUGGGUAUUAUCAAUCAGGAUCAUCGUGCAAAACUAUUAACUGCAGUGCAACUAUUGCACGACAUAGAAUGUUCUGAUGGUGACAUAGCUGGUUCCAGCUCAGAAAACGAUGAAGCACGUUUAAACAACAUCAACAAAAAACAUGCCGCUUCACCAUUUGGCCGGCGUCAUUUUCCACGUGAUUCAGGUUGUUAUGAAGGCUCACCAGUUCCCACCUCGCAAACACCCACACAAGUCGUAAACUCCACUGAUGAUUCGAAUAGCUUAGACGAUGUGGUCACCAAGUGUUCAAGUGAAAUUAUGAAACGUGUCGAAAGCGCACGACGCCAAAAAGAAAAUCCAUUCAAAGUUGGAUUACCAGCACGUGUAGGAAAGAAGGCAUUAAUAGGUAGCGGUCUUUUGGGUGAUGAUACCCUAACACGUGGAGGUGGUUUAAGUGAGAAAUCCAGCGAUUCCGGUGUUAGUAGUAGUUCACUAUCAUCAGGUCCACUAAAAAAUAGCACUUAACAUUUACCUACAAUACUCGCCCAUGAAUUACUGUUGGGCGUGGGUCUAUCUAGUAGUGGUAGUACAUUAUGCAGUGCUGGCGCUACUUCACCUACAACAUCGACAGCUUCAGCUGGUUUUGUGGGUUGUGCCGGUAUGAAUAGUGCAUUUCCAGCUCUGGCCAUGCCAAAUUCUUGCAAUACACUUCCACAUACACAGACCACUUCAACGGCAACAACAACGGGUAUUGGUAUGCCGAAUAAUUUGCAGUUGAGUCGAAAUUUAGUUAUGCUUAGAAAUCAUCUACGCAAAAAUACGAACGCAUCGAAUUUCAGCGAUGAAAAGGAGCAAUAGCCCAUUACAACAAUAACGAAUUUUAUUAUUAGUUUUAUGUAUUAAAGUAGUUUUAUUUU